AUGACGGACGAGGAACUGGAAACAUCCAGUUUGGCCUCAGAUGCGGAGACGGAGAAGUCAUAUCAAAGUACGUCGUCCGUAUCAAGCACACUCAAUAAAACCGCACCGGAUGAGGCGAUGAAGCGUAAACUGACUCUUCAAGGCACAGCGAGGGGUACCCCUAUGGUGAAUACGACGCAGGAGAAUCUCGAAAAUCCAAGCGCCUUUGAAACAACAGUGAUGCGAUCUCCCUCGGCAAACCGUGGUACGAAGCGUUCGCUAGGGCAGCCGCUGGGCGGAAAUGGCUCGACACAGUUAUUCCGAGCUGUGAUUGAAAAUGGUGGGCGUCACCCUCUUGGCAUGUCAAAUGCGUUUGCUUCACCUUUUUCAAGCCCAGGGAAUUCUCGUCCGGGUACGCCAUCGGUUGAGUCGGAGAAUGAGGCGUUCUUUGGGUCCACUACACAGGCCAGCAUGUUCUCCAAUCUAUCGCUACGAAACUCGACGAUAGAUGAUCAACAGCCAUCUUGCGCUCCACCUAAUUUGUUUUUCCCAUCUGGGGCCUCUUCGCAACGACCGUCUAAACGUGAACGGUUCAAUGCUAAUCAGGGUGCUUCCACAACAACAGCGGCAGGCAACGGCGUAUCUGUGUCUUCAGCAGCUGCCUCAGACUCUAAUUCGUCAGAGCAUCGCCCAUACAAAUGCCCUGCACCUGGUUGUGAUAAGGCAUACAAGCAGAUGAAUGGCCUUAAGUACCACCGUUUACAUGGCCACUGUAACCAAAACUUGCGCAAUAUUAACACAAACACGCCCACUUCCGCUGAUGUGACAUCGACACCUAUUCAGCAAGCAUCAUCGACGCUGCAGUCGCCUGUGAAACCACAAAUAUCAACACAAAUACCGACAGCGUCGUCGGAGAAGGAAUCUACGCCUAUAUCGGAAACAGCGGCUCUGAACAAUUUGAGUUCAUUCAAGCCGUUCGCUGGGAUCGCUGCCGCAGAUUCACCUGUCUCGACGCAAGAAGCCCCAUCAACACCAACGAAACAAAACAAUGCGCAGCCUGAAAAAACAAUUUGA